UUAGAGCAUUAUAAUAUAUUUAUAUUUGUGGUUCUCUUGUUUCUCAAUAAUAAUGUCUAGGAUUAUGAUGGAACCACUUGCUGUGGGAAGAGUGAUAGGAGAUGUGGUUGAUGUAUUCAACCCAAGUGUGAGAAUGAAUGUGAGUUAUUCCACUAAGCAAGUUGCUAAUGGUCAUGAGCUUAUGCCUUCAACCCUUGUGCCCAAGCCUAGAGUUGAGAUUGGUGGUCAUGACUUAAGGGAUGCUUAUACCUUGAUUAUGACAGACCCGGAUGCUCCAAGUCCUAGUGAUCCAUACUUGAGGGAACAUCUUCACUGGAUGGUUGUAGAUAUUCCUGGCACAACUGAUGCAUCUUUUGGGAGAGAGAUAGUGGUGUAUGAGAGUCCAAGGCCAGUGAUAGGAAUACACAGAUAUGUGUUCAUAUUGUUGAAGCAGCAUAGAGGGAGACAAACAGUGAGUCCCCCUGCUUCGAGAGAGCAAUUCAACACAAGAAUCUUCUCUCAGGAAAAUGGCCUUGGCCUACCUGUUGCUGCUGUUUACUUCAAUGCUCAAAGAGAAACUGCUGCUAGGAGAAGGUGAUUCAUUCAUUCCAUUCCGAAUCAACAACAAUCUAAUUAAGGUGGUGCAUAUAUAGCAAUGCACGUUGAAUAAAUCAUGUUAUUAUCUAAUUUUGUCGUCUUAUUCGUUACCUGGUCAGUUAUUAUUACUUCUUCUAUUCUAAGAUAUUCGUUACUUUUUAAAGUUGCGAAUAUUUUAAAAUGGAAAAAACAUUGUAUGGUAGAAUAAGGGGAUAGGUGUUUGAUGAAAUGAAACCUUUUUCUUUCUUUUUUUGUUGUUUGGAGUGCACAAUAAUUGGUGGGUUUUGGAAGAUAGGAGAUAUUCUAGUAGGGAUAUUCUAGUAGGGAUAUUCUUGAUGUACUUUACUUUACUUGACUUGGUGUGCUAUGUUACCUAUUAGGUUGUUGUGAGAAGUUAAGGACCAAAUUGAAGAUGUUGUUCCUUUUAAGAAUUUUAUGAUUUGUGAUAGGAAGUUAAAGGAUACACACUAUAAUAACAAAGCUUUAUAUAUAUGGCUUGUCUAGUUUAUGCGUGUUGUGCAAUGAUACGAGU